AUGAGAACAGUGACGAACACAAUGGUUAUUAACCACUGCCUCACGGCCAUGUUGAUGGCAAUGUCAGACGUUGCAUUUUAUAUCACUCCCGGUUACAUCCCCAGUCUAACGGAUAGCUAUGUGUUCUGUACGCUUUCGGUUUUUUUCGACAGCUUAUUCAAAGUAGCUUCGUUUCUUAGCAUGGUUUGCAUCGCGUUUGAUCGGUACCACAACCUCGUCCGAACCGGUCGUAAGAGAAUGACUAAAAAGCGAGUUGCACUUUUGAUAGCUUGGGUCUGGACACAAUCCUCAGUGGUGGCAACUCCGUGGAAUGAACUCAUCAAGAGUGAUACCAGCACCAAUACAAGUGGCUGUGCUUUGGUCAAAACUCUUCCUCUACUCUUAGAGAUAGGAUCUGCUUUCAGUACUCUCUCAGUUGUCUUCAAGAUAACCUCCCUCCUCCUCCCUCUACUUGGUAUCUACUGCAUUUCGUUUCGCAUCUUCAGCGCAGGACGAACAAGGCGGAGGGUCGACAUUCAACACCGCUCCAACAUUCAACGCCGUUUUUCACCGACACACUUCGCCAACCGAACUGCUCGAGCAAAGAUCACUGCGAUUUUAUUGCUCGGUAUCUACACAGUUUUUACAGCGCCAUUUCUUGGCACUGUUAUGUGGACGAUGUUUUCCAAUAAUCGCGCCCUUGAACCAAGCGCAGCNUUAAUGAGGCCUCUUCAAUGA